GCGAAUAAUAAGAUUCACUCUGUGCGAGAAUCAGAAGCCCAUCCAGUGAACAGCGAAGUGGUGAUACGCCUUGCUCAUCAAAAUAAGCAAAAAACUCUCCGUUUCGCUCCUCUGUAUUGGCUCCACGGAGAUCCAUCGCGCCCGUUUCCUACAGAACCCGAAUUCCGAGCGUCUGCACUAGCUGCACCAAAGGACAAACCCACCAGUCGUGCAUACCGCGCUAAAUCCUUCAGUCUUGCUUGUCGCAGAACAUCGGUGGAAUGGGGCGAGUUUCCUCACCGAUGGCGGGAAUGCCGCAGAUUCCGAUGCAAGGAAAGGUUUGGAGCCCUCGAACAGGCUAUCAAGCAAGCCAGCCCGUCUCCACGUGGUCGCGGAGGCGCUCAAUGGGCCGGUCGCGGUGGUGGGCCAGGCGGUGUGUCGCCGUUCCAGAAGAGAACCGGUCAUAUUGGGGAGAACUCUCCACGAAUGGUCUCACCAACUGUAAACAUCAACUUUGUGAGUCCUCCACCACGAAUGAAUCCUCCACCAGUGAACAAAGUGGAACAAAUGAGCAGUGACAGCAGUUCAAGUUCAAGCAGUGAUGACGAAAGCCCGAAGUGA